UGUGCUAGUCUCGCUCUCUCUCUCUCACAUGUUCAAAGUUGGAGCUUAUCUUAUCUGCAUCUUCAUCAUCGAAACCUCAAUAAUUUCGUCUCUCCGCUCGGUGCUUCCUCCUCUUCUCUCUCCGGUACACAAAUUUUCCAAACCCUAAUUACUUCAAAAUUUUAAAAAAUGGAUAUUAGUGGAGGUCCAAGUUUGUACCCAUUGCACCGUUGCAAAACUCUUCACAUUGUGAGGCAUGCACAAGGAAUUCACAAUGUAGAUGGAGAUAAGAACUAUAAAGCAUACAUGUCGCCUGAAUAUUUUGAUGCACAGCUUACUCCACUGGGCUGGCAGCAGGUGGGAAACCAAUCAUUUGUUGAUAAUUUGCGUAAACAUGUCCAAUCAUGUGGCCUUUUUAAGAGCAUUGAAUUAGUUAUCACGUCCCCUUUAUUAAGGACUAUGCAAACAGCUGUUGGAGUAUUUGGUGGUGAAGGCUAUACAGACAAGAUUGAUGCAUUACCACUAAUGGUGGCAAAUGCAGGAAAUAGUGACCGUCCUGCAAUUUCAAGUCUAAAUUCCCCACCUAUCAUUGCAGUAGAGCUUUGUCGAGAACAUUUGGGUGUUCAUCCUUGUGAUAGGAGGAGAAGCAUCAGUGACUAUCAAUGCCUUUUUCCAGCGGUGGAUUUUUCACUGAUAGAAAGUGACGAUGAUUUAUUAUGGAAAGCCAAUAUAAGAGAGACAAAGGAAGAACUUGCAGCUAGGGGAAUGGAGUUCAUGAACUGGUUGUGGACACGGAAAGAAAAGGAGAUAGCCAUCAUCACACAUAGUGGAUUCUUGUUUCACACACUAAAUGCAUUCGGCAAUGACUGUCACCCUUUGGUUAAGAAAGAAAUUUGCAAGCAUUUUGCAAAUUGCGAGCUUCGCUCUAUGAUUAUUGUGGACAAAAGCAUGUCAGGAUCAGACCCCUCAACAACUAAUUAUCCAGGAAAGAUACCCCCUGGUCCUGAUCUCCCUAGUGAUGGUGUAGACGAGAAGAACUUGAAGUAAGCCAAAGCUCAAUUCUGGAUAUGUAAAGAACAUCCAAUUCAUUAGCUUUCAAGGUGAAUGUAUUGACCACAUGAUUCGAAUAUUCCCGAAUAUCACAAGCAUUCCUUUUGUUAUGCCAUUAUGGAUUUAAAAAGAUUCGACAGUCAUUACACAGGGCUUUCGUUUAGCUCACUUCUCAGGCAGCUCCUUUGGUGGGGGAGAUGAAGAAGGUAGUAUUAUAACUUUUUACUUACCAUUGAAAUUAACUUAAUACUUCCAAUUUUUUAAAGGUAUGAUACCUAAAAUUCUAUUUUUGUAA